UCACAAACGAUGAUUCUUCGGAUAGUUGAGAAAAACCAUGCACGCAAAUUAAAGCUCAGCUCACGGCCAGCCUCUGUUGAUGCACUGAUUAAGAUUAUAAAAGAACAAAUGGAAUUGGAUCUUCAGUUCACCUUACAAUAUGAAGAUCCAGACUUUGAUGGAAGACUUACCUCCCUGGUUGACAUCAAAGAAUUGCCACAAAAAUCAGUUUUGCAUAUAACAUUUGAAGAAGAUUUCAGUUCUUCUAGUUCUGUUGCAUCUACUGAAAUACUGUCAGAUGUAUCAAGCCCUGAACGUUUAACUAGAUGGCCUUUGGAUUUGUUUCCAGUUCCUACGUUUUCUUUUGAUGUUGAGUUAAAACUUAGAGAAGGGAAUGCAGAGUUUGAGAAGACUGGGAGACCUCUUAAACUGACAAGAGACCAAAAACAUGAUAUUUUGGAUAAGCUUGCAUCUACUAUCUAUGGCUUCUCUGCUUACCCAAGUGGCAAACAGAUUGCAUUUGUAGCUGAAGCACUUGUCACAAAACAUCCGUGUUUGAAAGAAGCAGGGUCUAACACUGGAUGGAAUGGCUGGAAGAACAGCCUGCUGUUUAAAAUGGGCAAUUACAGGAACAAGAUGAGAAGGGCAGGAUGCAUUGAAGUCUCUAUAAAUGCUGGCAAAAGAAGCCAAAAUAAUCCUGACAAUGAAUCUCCACACUCUGGUAUUAAAAGACCCAAGCGUGCAGAGGUUAACUUUCUGCCCAACUUUCCCAAGGGAGAAAAUUCCACAUCUCUUGAGUGCUUGAGGGAACAGAUCAUUGAAGAGCUAAAGAAGACUGAGAGAAAUCUACCUCUGAUUGGAAGGAUGAUGCAGACCACAUUUGCCCUGAGACGACAGACCAUCAUCCAAUUCAGCCCACCAGUGAAAGAAAUUCUGGACCUCUGGCCUGCUCUGCGCAUAGAGUCUGAGGUGUAUGCAGAAUUCCAGCGGAUCACAAACCAGAACUUGCGCAACAUAUUCUAUGCAGAGCUUGAUCGUCACAUCCCACGCUUGAUGACCUUGUUUAGGCAGAAGGCAUCCAAAACUGGAAAGAUUGCAGAUUCUUUGGCUGGCAUUUUGAAAGUCCAUGACGAACAGGAAUUACAUGAUAUACACACAAACGUACAACUGUUCUCCAUGCACUUCCUGUGUUUCUGA